AUGGCAUCAAUCCCACCCCUCAGCAGCUUCCGCUCCGCCCGACGAGGCCCGCGACUACGUGGCGGACGAUCUGCUCCCCGUAGCGGUGAAAUUCUCUCGGAAGAGGAGCUCGAAAAGUCCCGCGACACCAUCAUCCAGCAGACGGACAACGAUGCCACGAGCAGUCGCAUGAGUGCCGUCGCUCUAGGCUACCUGGAUGAUCAGUAUGCCAAAGCCUUCUUCCCUCAAGGUCAAGAAGUGCCCAAACGUUAUCCGAUUAUCAAUCGCGGGACUCAGGUCCGCACUCAAGCCAUCGACAAGCUCGUCUCACGAUUUCUGGAGAGAGAUCCUGCUCGGCGGAAGCAGGUCAUCUCGCUGGGUGCUGGGUCAGACACACGUUUCUUCCGCCUCUGCGCCGGAAAGCACAAUGUUAUCUACCAUGAGAUUGAUUUUGAAGAAAACGUCAUCCCCAAGCGAACGGCAAUCCGAGAAUCCAAGGACCUUGCUCGCAUGACUUUGGCGGAGGAGAAUGGCUCCUCGUAUCAUCUACAUGCUCUAGAUCUGAGGGAUCUGACGAAGAGGUCACCACCCAUCAUCCCUGGACUCGAGUCGGAAACGGCUACUCUUAUCCUCAGCGAGUGCUGUCUCUGCUAUUUGCCACCGGAUAUGGCGAGUAGUGUUCUGCAGUACUUCACCAUGAAUCUCAAACACGAAAUGGCGAUCGUUCUGUAUGAGCCCAUACGACCAUAUGAUGCAUUUGGGAAGACCAUGGUCACCAAUCUUUCCUCUCGCGGAAUCGAGCUAAGAACGCUGAAGCGAUACUAUUCUCUCGGUGCGCAGCGACAGAGAUUGCGACUUGCUGGCUUCCAAACCGGACAAGGUGCGAGAGACGUGCACCAGAUUUGGAGUAGUGACGAGUGGGUGAGCAAGUCCGAGCGGGAGCGAAUCGAGAAGCUCGAAUGGCUGGAUGAGGUUGAGGAGUGGAAAUUGCUAGCGAGUCACUACUGUGUGGCGUGGGGAUGGAGGGGAGAGGGGUUUGGAGCAGCUUGGAGCGAUAUUGCUGGCGCUGCUACGAGUGAGGAGGCAAAAGAAGAAGAGUUGAUGUAG